AUGGGUUAUACAGCGAACGGUACCACUGAUUUCUACAGAACUUGGAAGGAAUAUAAAGAAGGAUUUGGAAAACCGACCAAGAACUACUGGAUAGGAAAUGACGUGAUUCAUGCACUGACGAAGGACCGUCACCAAGGGUUGCGUGUGGACUUACAGAGGUUUAACGGAAACAGAGGUUAUGCUAAAUACUCAUCCUUCUACGUUGGUAACGAACGCCUGGGUUAUAAGCUGAUAUUAUCGGGCUAUUCCGGAACAAUUGGAGACUCUCUGAGUGGUCAUAACGGAUACAAAUUUUCCACCAAGGACCGCGACAAUGACAAUUCCGGAAGUAGCUGUUCCAAUUUAUAUUUUGGUGGAUGGUGGUACGAGUCAUGUCAUUAUAGCAAUCUAAACGGGCAGUAUACUAAUUCUAGUGCAGUGGGUGGCGCGUACCCAUCCUGGAGUUCGUGGUUGGGAAGAUACGAGGCUUUGAAGACCACUGUCAUGAUGAUCCGACCCUGAAAACAUUGAAUUAUAUGCUGUAUUACCAUGGAAGAACACGUGAAAUAUUCUUGACGAUGUGCGCGGCCUUUAGCUUGGAAAGAUAAACAUUUUGAUACCGGUAUAUCAAUGUACAGAAAAAUGUGCAAUUAAAAUUUUUCAUCUGAA